GAGAAAGUCGGAGGUUCGAGCCCUCCACCGGACACCAGAAGCGGGGGUAGCCCAACUGGUAGAGGCGCCAGACUUAGGAUCUGUAGGUUGAGGGUUCGACUCCCUUCUCCCGCACCAGUCAUUAGAAAUGCUGCCCUAAAAUUAAAAUAUAACAAGAAAGUUUUUCAAUUCGAUCCUUCUUGCCCUUACUUGAAGUAUACUUGGGAAUUUGUGGAAGUAUUUUCAAAAGGAAGCAUAAAAAAAGAAGGAGAAAGAAAAAAUAUUGAUUUGACAGCAGAGGAAUUUAAACAGUGA